AUGGCGGCGGUGGUAGGCAGCGACGGUUUGCGCAAGGGGCCGUGGACGGCCGUGGAAGACGAGCUGCUGUGGCAGCACGUCAGACAGUACGGAGAGGGCAACUGGAACCUUGUGCAGCAGCACACGGGCUUGGCGCGCUGUGGCAAGAGCUGCCGGCUGCGGUGGGCGAACCAGCUCCGGCCGAACCUGAAAAAGGGCGGCAUCACAGCAGAGGAGGAACGCACCAUAGUUCGCCUGCAGCAGAAGUACGGCAACAAGUGGGCGCGGAUCGCCUCGCAUCUAUCAGGUCGCACAGACAACGAGAUAAAAAACUUUUGGAACACGAGACUAAAGCGCCGCAACAGAACCAGCAUCUUCUCGUCCGCUCUCGGUUCCUCCGGCCCUCGCAACGUGGUCAUUGCUCCCAGAAUUCUAGUGCCACCAUCGUCCCCCGGGGCUGGGUCAGCCCCUCACAUUCUAGGGGGUGUGCCUUCUGCGUCCUCUGCUCUCGGCUCGAGUAAUCCUGAGCACGCAGCACGAGUAGCCGCUCCAAUGAUGUUUCGCAACGCUUCCCAGGCUUCUCUUCCUCCUCCCCCUCUUCCUCCUCCAACUCUUCCUACUCCUUCCCUUCCUUCUCCUCCUCUUCCUUCUCCUCCCCUUCCAUCUCUUCCUCCUCCUUCUCACCCUCUUCCGUCUCCUCCUCUUCCUUCUCCUCCCCUUCCCUCUCCUCCUCUUCCUUCUCCUCCCCUUCUUUCUCCUACCCUUCCCCCUCACACGCCUUCUCUUUCGCUUCGUCCCCCUCCUCCUCCUACAACGCCCUCACCUCCUCCCAUCACUAUGGCGGCUCCUCCUUCUCAGACGAUUGGAGGAGGGCAGACGGCAAGUGUACAUAUCCCGGGAAUUCAGCACAGCCAACUGCCGUGCAACACUUAUGCCACCUUCCCAAUUCAGCAGCAGCAGCAGCAGCAGCAGCAGCAACAGCAGCAUCUACCAUCAAUCCAUAGCAACCCAAGUACCAGCAGGAACGAGGGCACGGCUCAGCCACAGCAAACAGCAGCAGCAGCAACAGCAUGGCACUCCAGUGGAAGCGGCAUCAAGGAAACCAUGGUCACUGCUGGAACCACCUAUCCUCACCCGGGUCCCCUGGUAAGAGGCGAGUGGCAGCAGCUGCUGCUGGGGACCAGCAGCGAAGAAGACGAGAUGGCCAGGGGGGAGCACGCAAGGGGGCAGACGCCGGGGGAUGCGAGUGCCAUGGCGGUGGAUGCGAGAGUCGUGCGGCUGCUGGCGAGUCAGAAGCAGGUUCGUCCAGAGGUGCUCUGUGCUUCCUCAGAUGUUAAUCCGGGCGCCUCUGCCUCAGUUGCUGGCGGUAGUGGUGGUGGAAUUGGUGGGAAUGGCGGAGCAGCGAGAGGAAGAGGAGGAGGAGAUGGGGCUUGUAAGUCUGCUGCAGUGGCUGCUACGAUUGUGUGGGGCGUGAACUUUCCGCUGGCAUCGCUGCUGCACGCACCCGCUCCCUCUCGCUCUGUGCUCCAGCCGCAACAGCAGACCCAGCAACAAUGGCAGCAGCAUCAGAAGCAGCAACAGCAGAAACAGCAGCAACAGCAGCAGCAGCAGCAGCAGCAGCAGCAGCAGCAGCAGCAGCAGCAGCAGCAGCAGCAGCAGCAGCAGCAGCAGCAGCAGCAGCAGCAGCAGCAGCAGCAGCAGCAGCAGCAGCAGCAGCAGCAGCAGCAGCGAAUGACUGCACGGCCCGCUGUAGGGAGGAUCGACGGCGGUACUGCACUAGUGUUCACCACUCCUACUAGUUGGGAUGCAAGGGGCGGAGCAUCAGAGAUCGCAACGGCACAUGAACAGCAGCAAGCACACCGGCAUGCAUACACGCACGGGCAGGAGGACGGUAUUGGGGGCAGUAGUGGGGGUGACAUGGGGGGUGUGAUGGGUGGUAUGGGGGAUGCAGUGGUGGGAGAGGAGGAUGGAGAAAUGAUGGACCAAGAUAAGGUGGAGAGGGUGGGUAGACUGAAGGCUGGAAUGUCGGAGUCUGACGGACUGAGUGGCGCGGGGGUUACGACUGAUAAUACCCCCAUGAGUUUUGAGGGUAUUGGCAGAGGUGGCCCCACGGGCGGAUGCGGGUACAACCCAUCCGACGGGGACAGUUGGAUGGCAGAGGCGAUGGAUGUGUGGCUGGGUGGUGGCGCUCAUGCCACGCAUGGCACCCACGCUGGUCAACCCGGUCAGCCUGGUCAACUCGGUCAACCUGGUCAAUCUGGUCAACUUGGUCAGAGUGGCGGUGACGAGCUGGAGCAGGUGGUGCUGGCAGCACAGGGCGGCACAGGGCACAGUGUUGUCACUGCUACUGUGUCUGGGCCAAACAACAUCGGAGCUGUGAGGAGCCAAGAGAGCAGCGGGUGGAGUGGGCGCAGAGAGGGCAGGGAAGGCACUGAGAAUGCUGGUGGACUGGAAGCAGCAGCAGCAGCAGCAGCAGCAGCAGCAGCAGCAGCAGCAGCAGCAGCAGCAGCAGCAGCAGCAGCAGCAGCAACAGGCACAGAAGAAGCAGCAAGAGGUGCAAGAGCGGCGGGUGCAGCAUGUGUGUUUUCAGGGCCGGUGGAGGCAUUUCUUGACAGCCACUGGCAGCCGCUGCUCCAGGAUGCUGCCCUGCUCUCUCACACACAGCGGCCGCAACAGGAGCAAGUCGUGCCAAAUCUGCAGGGGCAGCAGCAGCAGCAGCAGCAGAAAAGGAUCAAGCUGGAUGCACUGGGUCGGCAGCAGUCCCUGCCUCAGCCGGAGCUCCACCAGCCACUCUCACGGCUAGUCACCAGGCGCGGAUCCCUGCCUGACAUGCUCCAUGCACUGCCAGCCCCUACGCUCCAAUGCACCGAUCACUCGGGCCAUGGCUCUCGCAGUGUUGCUGCUGCUGCUGCUGCAGCAGCAGCUGUCUCCCACCUGCAGAUUGAUGCACCUGCAGGCGCAGCAGCAGCAGCACAAGUGCAGAGGGGGCGUGGCAUGGGGCAUGCGGCAUCUCUCCCUGCGUCCCCUGCGAGAGAGGGAUGUGCGAGUGUUCCGACCUUCUCGCACUUUUGGCACUUGGGGUCACGACCCCAUAGCAGCCUUGCUGCUGCUGCAGCAGCAGUGACAGUGGCAGGACCCGCAUUGGCAACAGCUUCUUUUCCUGAAGCAGCAACAGCUGAAGCUGGCACUGACAUUGAUGUAACGAGUUCCCCAAUGACUAGCUCGGCUCAUCCCACCACAAAUAACAAUAAUGUGCAGCAUGCAGGAGUGAUGGAGUGGAGAGGUGAUAAGAUCCCAUCAGAAUCCCGAGUAUGGAUUGUGGGUGUUCAUUCACCAUCGGUGUUUUGGGAUAUGGAGUCACAGUUACUCGCACAAACACCGCCACUUGCCCACGUCGCCUAUGGUAAGUCUUCCGAGUUGCAAUUUAGGGAGCCAUAUGGCAAUUGUCCCUCCACUGGAUCAAGUUUCUUACCGAAAUGA